GUAAAUAUAAAGAGUCCCGACAGUUGUCAAAAAUUGCUGAGUAAUGCUCUGUUCGGGAAGCAGUACUGGUCACCAAGUAUUGAUCUGGCUCCGGCGAUCAACACCUAUCGUAUUUGACAUGGAGGGUUUUGAUGACAAUUUUUCAAAACAAUCAGUUGGUGAUUGGUGCCUAAUAGAGAGUGAUCCUGGUGUGUUCACACAACUCAUCAGAAAAUUUGGUGCCAAAGGAGUGCAAGUGGAAGAAUUAUGGACUCUUGAGGAUUCAAUCUUUGAGAAUUUGAGACCUGUACAUGGCCUCAUUUUCCUAUUUAAACACAUGCAGGUAGACCAUGGUCCACCACAAGUAUUUCAGGAAAACGUCUUGGAGAGGAUUUACUUUGCAAAGCAGGUAAUCAACAAUGCCUGCGCAACACAAGCUGUACUCAGUAUAUUGAUGAACUGUCGCCAUCCUGAUUUGGUAUUAGGUCCGGAAUUGCAACAGCUAAGGGAGUUCAGCAUGUCAUUUGACCCCAGAAUGCGCGGGUUGACUCUCAGUAACUCAACAGUAAUCCGCAAUGCUCACAACUCAAUGGCUCAACAGACUUUGUUUGAGCUAGAACACAAAGCACCUAGCAAGGAUGAUGUACAAUAUCAUUUCAUAUCAUACAUGCCAAUAGAUGGCCGCCUGUACGAAAUGGACGGCCUAAGAGAUGGGCCUCGUGAUUAUGGUGCAAUAUCUCCUCAAACAGAUUGGCUGGAUCUAGUUCGACCCAUUAUUAUGGAUAGAAUUAACUACUACACAGAAGACGAAAUUCACUUCAAUCUGAUGGCGGUGGUGUCAGACAGAAAAAUGAUUUAUGAGAGGCAGCUACAGGAGCUGCUGGAAGAUGAAAGGAGGUUGAACAUCGAUACUGGCGACCCAGAAAUACCGCGGCUAAGGAUGUUGAUUGAAUAUGAAGAGAUUAAGGCGAGGAAGUAUAAGUUGGAAAUGGCGCGUAGGCGCCACAAUUAUUUCCCAUUUUUAAUAUCGCUGUUUAAAGUGUUGGGAAGGGAGAAAAAGCUGAUACCGAUGUUCGAGAAGGCUAAGAGCCGCGUUGCCAAGAAGGGUGCGAAGAAACUAAAAGUAUAACAGGAAGCUCACAGCGGGCUCGCGGCUACUACUAGCCGGGGCCCGCGACGGGUUUCGCAAUCGAGCCCGUCACGUGUCCUCCCCAGGAGUGAGGACAUGGAGUGCACUCUUGCGGAUUUAAACGCGAUAUACAGAGAUCAGGACUCCCAGCAAACUAUGGAAGAAGACAAUGAACCUACAGGUAGCAACAUUAUGGAUGAAAUGAAGGAUGACAGCUUCCACGUACCAGACCUACUUAUGGAUAGUGCACACGACGACCUCCUGCUGCAGCCCCAUGACUCAUCCGACUCGCUCGAGAUAGAUUUGGACAUGGACGAAUUCAGGGAUCUUGACAAGACCGAUCUGUAAAAUAUUUGUUUAGUGUCACAGGAACAAUGUAGAACAUUUUAAACUGCCUAAUGUAACAUAUGGCGGGAAUAUCGUGUUAUUUAUGACUAUUAUAUUAGAGCUGAGAAAAUGAUGGAUCAUGUCAAAAUAAAAAUACAAGUAAAAUAGAGGUAUACAUAUUAUAUUGUAGUAACGUAGAUUCGGUCUUCUAAAUAAUUCCAUACCAGUAAAUAAACUGGUAUUCUCUUUGUCAGUGAUUGUCUACUUUCUUAGACGCAGGGCGACACUCGUGUUACAUUGUAAAAAUUCCUUGUUUUGCACAAAAGCAUUUUAAAAUGGCAUUUUAAGAUCAAGAAUCAAGACCCAUAUAUUAUAUAUCUCAUGAAUUAUGCUUAUUUAUUUUUUAAAUUGAUAUUUAUAUUACCCAUUUUUAGACAAAUCCAGAUGUAAAUAAAAAACCUUUUUGCAGUAUGGAAUAAUAAUUUGUAGUGUUUAUAGAUACUUAUGAAAUUAAGAUGUAUGCUUGCGUCUAUGUCAUAGUUGAUUCGCACAUAUUCAACAAUUAUGAUAACAAUAAGGCCUUUAGGGCGUAUAUAAAUGUCUAUCAAUAGCUAGGGUUUGGAACCCAGUAUUUUAUUAUAAUUAAUGUAAUUAUUACUAGCGGUUAUGACUAAGUCGCAACAAUUGAUAAAAUGGGCUUCGUUGCCCAUAAAUUAUUUAUAAUGAACCAGAUUAGUAAGUAUUUUAUUUGCACCAAUAAAAAAAAUAAAUUCUCCAAAAUCAAAAUAUUAAAUCAACGUGAAAAUUAAUAGGUAACUGUUCUGAACCGCGUUAGUAUUUAUGGGAAUAUUGCAUUCAUAUAUCAUACAUACAUACAUACAUACCAUUUAUAUACGCAUUCGUAUAUGUGCAGUGUUUCUUCGUAUUUUGCUGUAGUUUUUGGAUAUUAGUAGUUUAACAAUAUAUAUACUGAAGUAUUAUUACAUCACCAGUCAUAAACAAUUAAGCUUGACAUUUUGGAUACAACAGUUCUCAAAAAAGCAGUUUUCGCUCAGUUGGUAAAUAGUUAUUUGAGCAUUUCUUAGAUCUUUCCAUAACAUUUAUCUCGUAUAUGAUUAGUAUCUAGUUGAUAUGGUAAUAUAUAUAGUAUUAUAUAGGUAUAACACUAUUUGUUAAAUCUCUAGAAAUAAGCUAUUUUCAUUCUUAAAACUCGUAACAUUUACAUACAAAAUUUCACUAAAAUCGGUCCAGUGGUUUGUAAAUUCCAAUUAUAUUUUUAUUCCAUGUCCAUCUUCAAUUCAAGCUAUACAUAUGAAUCAUUUAAAUAUGUAAGGUCCCUUGAGGGAUAAUCACAUUCACUAUUGGAAAAAUAAAAUUUAAAUUCAUAUUAAUAUUAUAUGGUGAAGAGCUUAUAUACAAACUCCUAAAUGGUUUUAUCUUUGGUAGAUAAACAUUAUUAAUCACGAAAUAGAGUAAAAAUAAUGUAAUAAUUGUCAUAUAAACACAUUGAAUAAUACCUACUGUGUUAUGAGCAUUUUGUGUCGCCGCGUAUUAGAGCGGUCAAGUAUUUUUACUCGUGCAUGCCUGGUAAUAGUUGAAUUUGAUUCUUAAGUGUUUAUUAGAAUCACCAAUAAGGUUUUAUUGUAACACAUUGAAUAUACUACAUAACAUAACAUACAUACCUAAUAUUACAUUCUAGUCUUUAUAUUUGCGAAUUAGACCUACGUUAGGGAGUAAUCAAAAUAUUUUCCACAUAAUAAUCAUAAACUAGUUUAAAGAUUUGGUUAUUGUCAAAUUCACAAUAUCCUUAUAAAUGUUGCCCCCGUACGGAUUCAAUAUCCAAAAAUACUUAAGCCAAUUUACGUUAUUAGAAAUUAGGUACGUAGCUAAUUCGAACACAACUUUAGGCUGUCAGUUGUUACCAAUUUUAAAAUGGAAUCCUGUAUUUAUAGAUUUAAAGAAUUAUGCAUUGCUGUAGACAAACGUUUAGUUCUAGCCAUAGUUCUAUUGUUCUAUAUUAGGAUAAUAAUAUUUUUUUGGUAGUAGUCCUGUUUAGAAAACAUCUAUAAUGUAAUGUAGCAUUUGUCGUUUAUUAUUCAGUCCGGAGUAAUAUGGAUGCGUUUACAUCUUUUCAGUGAUCAUUGUAUACAAUUUUAUUGUUUACAUACAUAAUAAUAUUUAAAAUUAAAGAUGUAAUUCAUGA